AUGCCUGGAAAACCUCAUAAGACCAACAAGAGCAGGCGAGAGGGUUCAUGGCGGCACCCCGCGGCUACCGCGGUGCCUAAGCUACGCAGCAGCGCGGCCUCCGAGAUUGCUCAGGACGUGCUUCUGCAACUUAAGGAAGAUGUCCUGGAGACAAUGCCCAAGAAUGGGGAAAACGUAGUCAUGGCACUUGAUAUAAAAGGUGCAUUUGACAACGUCAGCCACGCCGCUAUAAUUGUGGAGCUAAAUAACACCAACUGCGGGAGAAGAAUCCAUGACUAUGUCAAAGACUUCCUGACCAACAGAACGGCCUCAGUGGGACUAGGGGAGUUGAGGAGUGAUGUCUUCACCACCCCAAGCAGAGGCACACCCCAAGGCUCGGUCAUCUCGCCCAUACUCUUUAAUGUGGCGAUGAUCGGCCUAGCAGAAAGACUCAGCAGAAUCCAGGGCAUCCAGCACGCUAUGUACGCAGACGACAUCACGGUCUGGGUGAACCAUGGAUCCCUGGGAGAGAAACAGGAGAAGCUACAACAAGUAGCAAACUGCGUAGAAAGAUACGUGAAGGAAAGAGGACUGGCCUGCUCUACAGAGAAGUCUGAGCUACUGAGGGUAGGAAAACACCCCACUGAUGCCCCACUCGAGGUGAAACUAGAGGGGCAAUACAUCCCGGAGAGGAACAUGAUAAGAGUCCUGGGAAUGUGGCUAUAA